AUGAUCAUCAUUCAACUUGAUGAUGUGUAUGAAUACGCUGCUCACAACACAGGUGAACUAACGUCAAUUGAAGUAACACCUGCGUAUGGAUUUUUAAGUACAGUGAAUGCAACGGAUUUACCAGAUAUACAAGUAUUCAUAUUUUAUUAUAAAAAGAAUUCAACGAAAUUGAAGGGCUAUCUUGGAAGCUAUAAAAAGAGUAUUGCACAAGCAUUAAUUAAAGAAAAUGAAAAUCAUGACGUUGCUUAUAUUGCUGUAAGUAAAGCCCACCCCAAAUCGAGAGGAUAUGUUACGUUAGAUAGUCCUUCGCCUUACGAUAAACCGAUCAUUGUUCCCGAAUAUUUUACAAAUGCAGAAGACGUUGAAACAUCAAUUCGAGGAAUAAAACAGCAGAUUUCGUUCACAAAUACACCUGCAUAUCAAAAGAAUGGAGCCGAAUUUAUACAUAUACCAAUAGAUGAAUGUGAUCGUUUUGAUUUUCAAUCGGACGACUAUUUUCGGUGCUACAUCAAGUAUUUCGGAAGCGGCGACAAUCAUCCAGUCGGGACUAGCAAAAUGAGACCAGAUUUGGAUUCAGAUGCUGUUGUUUUAUUAAAAAUUUGCGACAAGAUGAUGGUGGGGUAAUGCCAUGGACUAUUACUGGAAAUGUAAACGCUGCGAUAAUUAUGAUUGGAGAAAAAGCAGCCGACAUAAUAAAGGAGGACCAUGGAUUCAUUCAGAAAAACGAUAAAUGAAUUUAUUGCCAAUUUGCGUCGUUUUCUUUUGGU